AUGUCGCCUUCACUGGUACUAAAAACCGUCCGUUCAUUAAAGGAUUCCACCUUUCAAGCUUGCGCGACCAUCAGCGCAUAUUCAAAGUCAUCUUUAUCAACGCCUAAAUCAUCGGAAUCGGAAUCAAAAGCCUCGAAGUUUGAGAUCAAGCAUCUGCUCAUCGAGCUGAGGCUUCUCGGAGGCUCACUCCACAGCCUCGAGUCUUUCGUUACAGAGCUGACAGCCGACAAUGACACUUCUGGCGACAGCACGCUAGGCAUCACGCCAAGCGCAUCAGGCUCUGCUUCUGGAAAUGACAACGAUCGCGAAUGGCCCAUGAUCGACAAAUGCGAGAUACUCAUCGCUGCUUUAAAGUCAUUCCAUGCUUAUGCGACAUCGGAUGGCAUCAAAGCGGCCAGAGCAUCACUUUCAGACGUUCGCUUCAAGCUCGUCUUUUUACUCGGGUCAUCCGAUACCCUGGAGGAUAUCGCACACCAAUUUUCCAUACUCACGACAGACCCUGUUCCACAGCUUAUGGUCCAGAAGGAGAGCGACUGUGAGGCCCUUGAAGCCCCCGACCAUGUCUACGAUGAUGAUGAGCCCAGCGCAGCCGAUGUUUCGGGUUGGCUCACCAUUUUGAAUUCUCCCGAAAAUGAUCGUGAACCAGCAGAAUACAACAGGGAAACAAUACUGAUACAGGAGCGGCGAAUAACAGAGCCAAAGUACCGAGUAGCAGCUGCGAGAUGGCCAGAACAUGCCGAAACAUAUUGGCGACAGCUCAGGCCGCAAGUCUGUACCCUUUUCAGGAUACCAAAGUCAUUUAGCUUCGUGCAGUGGGUUCUAGAAUACGCCAGGGUAACGUAUCCGCGAACGUUGGGGGCUUUGGCCGUUUCUCCGAGGCUUCUGCUCGAAUUAACGGACGCAUUAUGUGACGGAUCUGUCUCGUCGCUUCACAUCGCUGCUGCUCUUGGCUUGCCCAGUCUCUGCAAAGAUCUUUUGUCGAUGGGAGCUCAAGUCAACCAGUCCAGCCUCAUCGGCACCCCCCUGUUCUGCGCCCUUGUUGGUAGCAAAGUUCUCGCGACCCGCACAGAACCAGAAUCAUGGACCACACUGCUUGUUGGCAGUGACUCGAAUACCGACCAGGCAGCAACCAUCCUCUUGCUUAUAGACGCCGGCGCAGACUGUAAAUAUCGAUACACUUGGAAAAACGUGCUCGACGAGGUAUCACUGGCAGGACUGGCUUUUUGGACUGCAAUGAUAAGCAAGCACGAGGACGUAUUUACGCGCAUCGCCAAAGGAGGGGGUGACCUGGAUAGAUCUUUUCACAGGCUCUUGCAGCGGGAAACCUUGAUAAAGCGUGGCCUACUUCAUCGGGCGAGGUUCGCGCACCUACUCACCUAUGCCUAUGAUCUGACCUUGCGUGACAUCGAACGAGACAGUACAGAUUAUGUGGAAAUACAAUAUCUUGUGUCCAAGGUCAUGAAGCGUGCCAACGUCAAGUUUUCGCCUGCGACGGACGGAAAGAUCGAUACCCUAAGCGAUGGAAGUUUUGCAGAAGUCAUACGAACCGCUGUGUUGGAUUUUAACGUGAGACUCGUGGAACGAUUGACAAAAGAUCCCAGAUUCGACCCCAACUUUCCGUACGACAAUGAUGGAACUUCUGGUACAAUCCUUCACAUGGCUACAGAAGGUGCGCAGCUCGAAAUUAUGGACAUCCUUAUUCGAGCUGGGGCAGACGUGCGAGCCAGAGACUCGAGUGGCCGAACACCCCUUAUGGUCGUUGAGGAAAUCGGUCCUUUGGGGAAGCUCAUUCUGGAACACUCGGCUCCCACCCAAGACACAGACAACGGUGGCCGUAAUAUCUGGCAUCUUUUCGCCGCUACAAACGAUGUUAAACUGCUCAUGUACCUAUGGCUCAACGACUCGAUCAAAAUUCGCAACCUUGGCGCCGUAUGUGAGGAUGGAUAUACCCCAUUGCGAGCAGCAUUUGCGUAUGUCGAAACCUUGAAGGAACUCCCUAAAAGUUCAAAUGGGGUUGAACCUUUGGCAGCCCGGUUCCUGAUGCACCAUUGCCAGGAGUAUCUGAAACCAGAGGGCAACGAGCAGUUGGCAAGAUGGGCUGUUGAAUGGGGCGAUGCUCUUCUUGUCAAGAUGGUAUUUAGAGUCCUCCCCAGCGCCAAUACAGCUCAUGAAUCACUUCUCCGGUCAUUGAACAUAUCGGCCUGCCCUAAGAUUGUUUCGCUGGUCCUUGAUAAGGCCGGGCCCUCUCGACCAUUUUCCGACGGGCUGACGCCAGCAGAAACAGUCAUCACAAACACAAAGCUCUUGCAACAGCGACCAGGAUUCACUGCCAGGCCGAGUCUUCACCCGUCUUGUUACCCCAAGAUGACUCGCGGCGCUUACAUGGACUUGCUCACUCCCGAAGUUCUGCAAUCACGAGACAAGCAUGGAAGAGGACUGUGGGCAAGAUUCUGCGACGACGUACUCUCGAUGCUCGAUGGCCCAUCGGUCGAUCUCCCCACAAGCAUGCAUUUUCUGUACGAUUUUGCGCGUAUGGCGAUAUCAUGUUUGCUUCACAAGGGAGCUCUCUUGGACCACGAGAAAGAAACCGGGGAGUGGGCAAUUAGUCGCAUAUGCAAAAAAGUCCAAGUUGGUCCUGUAACCUGGACAGCUGCCAAGUUGCCGUUUGUUGCCGCCGUCCUGGAAGCGUCCUGGGAAGUGGAGGAUCCCGAGGGUCGAGCCAAAGUUGGCUCAAGAGAAUUUUUUGAAACAAGAGAUGCUGCAGUUCUUCUUUCACUAGCUGUACGCUCUCGGAAACCAGACAUCGUCGGACUACUUGUCCAGAGCGGCAUCAACGUGCACAAGCCGUGGGAGAGUUUUGGUGGCAGAUCGAUUUUCGAGGACUUUUUAGCAGAUGAGCCUGUGGAUGUUUCGAUGAUUAUGCCGUUGCUUGGCAAUACAAAGGCACAAGACCUUGUCGCCAAUCAACAUUACACAUUCCAAGAGGUGUUGUCCAUACCACAGGAAGACAUCGCCUUGGAAAUACUCGAGGUACUCAUUGACUGCGGGAUGGAUGUCAACAGUCUCGAAGUUAACAACCAACCGUCGUUCAGAUCACCAAUCCACGACUCACCCGGUCCAUCGAUGCUAGUGAAAGCACUUUGUCGUUCGCGAAUAGCUGUGGCGUGUAUGCUGGUCCGCCAUGGUGCAGACGCCAGUUUGGCACCGCCAGAUUCCAUAAGCGGUUUUAUGCUGGUCGCCAAGAUUGGCUUUGUGGUUGUGCUCGAGGCCAUCAUCGAGAAAGCCACUGCAGAUUUUGACUGGCUGUGCCGUUUCAACGCUCUUGAACAUAAUGAUGUCUUUAAUGCACUCCAGUUUGCUGCAAUCGGAGGUCACCGCGAUGUCUUGAUGGCGCUUCUGGAAGCUACGCCGUUGGUUGGAGAGAUUGACACUGUCAGUCCACGAUAUGGUCGUUCAGCAGCUCAUUUGGCCGCCAAAGCUGGGUCUCUAGACUGUAUCAAGGUCUUGACCAGGUACGGCGCAAAUCUGACCCUGAAAGACUAUUCCGGCAGGACACCACUCUUUUAUGCUCUUGUAGGACCCAGCCGAGAGGUGGCCGAGUACAUCGGAGAGCAUAUGCCAGACAGCCGAAAUAUUGUCCUUCCACCUUCCAUGCCUGACUCCGCCGCAUCUCCCAACAUGCCCUCUGACGCAUCUUCUGACGUUGAUAUGGCAGAAGCGUCUUCCGUUACAGAUGAAAACUCAGAUCCUCAACGUCUGGGUGACUUGCUGGCUCAUGCGAUUGAUCGUUACCAGCUGAAGCGUGAUGCUCUUUUCAGACCAUUGCUCAAUCACGCCUCCAAAAGGGACCUCGAGUCUGCCGUUAUGCCUUGUAAAGCUUGCACGCUGCUCAGCUACACGGCGUCCAAAAACCUCAUACGACCUAUGUUGGAACUUCUUGACCUGGGCUUCAAAGGAUUCGUGACUAGCUGUGAAGAACAUUGGGGUGACGGUUACAACGCGCUAGUUGACACUGCUCGGAACAUACAAUCACUCAUGGCGUACGAUAUGUUUAUUUCUCCCGAAAAGGCAUAUUCCUUCUUCGAAAAGUGCCUUGAUGCAUAUUUACAAGAAGAACGAAUCUGGUUUCACUUGGGAACGAACCCUAUCCACGCUCUUUUUGAAUCGAAAAACGCUGUUGCCCAGCCGAACCUGGAACACGAGUACAAUGUUCUUCAGAUAUUCAUUAAUCAUUUAACAGAACAUGCUGAACAAUACUGGACUUUGAUGAAUAAAUUUGGACUACUGAGUCAGUUUCAUUUCACGGAAGACGAGAGCAUCGCGAAGAGGGUCUUGCGGUUCGCCAUCAACCUAGGGACCUUAUCCGACGGUACCACUCCUCUGCACUCUAUUUCCGAAUUCCGCUGCGGAGGAGAGUUGGCCACGUCGGAUGAAGAAAUAGUCUGCAAGAUGGCCAAGCUCCUUAUCGACAGCGGAGCAGAUGUCAACGCUCAAGAGUCGUCUUUAGCAACGCCCUUGCACUGUGCUACGACCUAUGACCAUUUGCCCAUGAUCGAUCUGCUUCUGGAAGCAGGUGCUGAUCAACAUGUUCUCGACUGCGAGGGCCUAUCACCUUUGGCUUACUCGCUGACUACUGCGAACGAUAGUCUCGAUAUAACCCGUCACUUGGUGGAACAUGGCGGCAACCUUGCAACCCUCGCUGUCCAUUCUUUUCCAAUUAGUGAAAAAAAUGCGAGUAACCUACACGAUUUGCUCGAGCUUGGCUUGGAUCCUUUCAGCAUAAAUUUGCCAAGUCUCGAAACAACUUUUACAUGCAUGCUUUCCGAGGUCCAGUCCUACGCCCUGAACGGAGACUUUGACUUUUACCGACUUGCAGAAGAGGAGCCUUCCUUCUUGAGAACUGUCUAUUUGGCAUAUUUCGGCGUGGCCACAAAAUAUAAAGACAAGAUCAAAUUAAAAGCAAUCAUUAAGCGUAUUCCGUGGGAAUGUCGCGCUCGUGUUGUAAAUUUCGAGCCAGGUCAUGGACUCAACGUUGUGUUUUGGGCCAUCCUCCUGGACCUUGAUGACAAGGUUCGAUUAUUUCUCGACGCUGGAUUUGACAUUGAUCGCGAGUGGCACGGCAGAGGCUCUGCAUUGAUGUUUGCCAGCAGCGUCGGGGCAUUCAAGUGCUUCAAGCUUCUCAUUCAACGCGGCGCAAAGAUCUCAUACCUUGGUACUGGCAGACGCGAGCCUGUCAUGAGGUCUGCAGUGGAGGAAGCAAAGAGACGUCCCAAGCUGCUGCACUGGCUCCUUGUCGGCCGCUACUAUGAGACAGAUUACCUUACGGAGAAGGAGCACAAUGGGCCAGAUACUACUAUCAAGCCUUGGUCAGGUCCUCGCAAAGCGUUGUACACAUUGAGCGGCGUUGAUGGAGAAUGUUCCCGGUUGCAUAGCGAGUCUACGAUAUUUUAUGCUCAGCGAGUUUCGACAAUGCGCAAGAGUCUGGAGGGACGUGUAGUACCCGUUACUUUUGUUUGA